UAUUUCCUGAGACCAGCCUGACCACACUGCACACUGGGAGGGUUUUCUGGGUGGAAGGACAGCCUGCAGAGGGAGCCUGCGGCAGGAAGGGGAGAGGCUCCAGGGCAGCCGACAGAACUUGCCUCAGGCAGGACCGGGCCCCCCCAUCCCCGGAGAGGCUAUGGCCGUCCCAUUGCUCCUCUGGAUGUGGCUGCUGGCGGCAGGGACUCAAGGCGCAGAAGAUGGGGACAUGCGGCUGGCGGACGGGAACACCCCCAGCGAGGGCCGCGUGGAGAUCUUCUACAGAGGCCAGUGGGGGACCGUGUGUGACAACCUGUGGGACCUGACGGAUGCCAGCGUCGUCUGCCGGGCCCUGGGGUUUACGAAUGCCACUGAGGCUCUGGGCGGAGCAGCCUUUGGGCCAGGCACCGGCCCGGUCAUGCUGGACGAGGUGGAGUGCACGGGGACGGAGCCCUCGCUGGCCAACUGCACGUCGCUGGGCUGGCUGAAGAGCCGGUGCAGGCACAGUCAGGACGCCAGCGCCGUCUGCACCAACGAAACCCGGAGCACCCACACCCUGGACCUGUCGGAUGAGCUCCCCACGGCCCUCGAGCAGAUCUUCGACAGCCAGAUGGGCUGUGACCUGUCCAUCAGGGUGAGGGUGCGGGACCAGCAGCAGGAGGGCCUGGACCUGUGCGCCCACAGGCUGAUCCUGUCUUCCAACCCCGAGGCCCAGGCCCUGUGGAAGGAGCCGGGCCGCACGGUCACCAUGGAGGUGGACGCAGAGUGCCUGCCUGUCGUCAGAGACUUCAUCAGGUACUUCUACUCCCGGAGGCUGGCCGUCUCCCUGGCGUCCAUGAAGUGCUUCCACAAGCUCGCCUCCGCCUACGGCGCCCAGCAGCUGCAGAGCUUCUGCGCCAGCCUCUUUGCCAUCCUCCUCCCCGAGGACCCUUCUUUCCAGACGCCCCUGGAUCUCUAUGCCUACGCCCUGGCCACACGGGACCCCGUGCUGGAGGAGCUGUGUGUGCAGUUCCUGGCCUGGAACUUCGAGGCCCUGACGCAGGCUGAGGCCUGGCCGGCCGUGCCCAUGGCCCUGCUGCAGGUCCUGCUGUCCAGGAGCGAGCUGGUCGUGCCCAGCGAGCUGGCGCUGCUGACAGCCUUGGACGUGUGGAGCCAGGAGAAGCAGCCUCCCCGCAGGGAUGUGGAAGGCCUGGUGGAGCAGAUCCGGUUCCCCAUGAUGCUGCCCGAGGUGCUGUUCGAGCUGCAGUUUAACCUGUCCCUGUACGGGGGCCACGAGGCGCUGUUCCAGAAGAAGAUCCUGCAGGCCCUAGAAUUCCACACCGUGCCGCUGCGGCUGCUGGCGCAGUACAGGGGCCUGAACCUCAGCGAGGACGCCUACCAGCCCCGGCUGUACACCUCGCCCACCUGGAGCGCCUCUGUCUCCGGCAAUUCCCGGGUCUCGUCCGGUGUCCGCCGGAACAACAACUACCGGUCCUUCCAGACCCCACAGCACCCCAGCUUCCUGUUCCAGAACAAGCGCAUCUCCUGGUCUCUGGUCUACCUGCCCACCAUCCAGAGCUGCUGGAACUAUGGGUUCUCAUGCUCCUCGGACGAGGUCCCCCUCCUGGGCCUCUCCAAGUCUGACUACUCAGAUCCCACCAUCGGCUAUGAAAACAAAGCCCUGAUGGUCUGUGGGGGGCGCUUCGUGGCCCAGGUCACCGACUUCGAGGGGCAGAAGGCCAGGAUCCCCAGUGCCCUGGGCACCAACAGUUCCCGGAGCGCCUCCCUCUUCCCCUGCCCGGCAGGCUCCUUCAGCAGCUACCAAGCGGUCAUCCGCCCCUUCUACCUGACCAACUCCUCCGGCGUGGACUAGACAGGAGCGCAGAGAACCCCGGGCCCUCCCAGAGCCGCACACUCCCCCCCGCCCCCAGCUGCUUCCUGUCUGCGGCCAUCCCCAACAGUGGCCACCAGAGGGCGCUCCUGCUUUCAUUGAGCUGAGCUUAGAGAAAGUACUGGAAGGUUUCAACAAAUGCUUCCCACUGGGCCCAGAAGUCCCAGGACCACUCCCCAUCCCCACCCCCCACACCGCCGCCGCCGGGCUGGUUUCCAGGUGGAGAAGCAGAGGGACCUGGGCGGGGCAGCUGCUGGAUUUUCCACGCCGAUUUUCACUCCCCUGUCCUCUGCCGUCCCCCAUCUGAGAUCACUAAGAUGGCCUUGGGAUUCCCACGGUCCCGCGUU